AUGCUUAAGUCAAACAAGUCAUCCCGCAUCACUACUCCCUGCGCCAAGGCAACUACCUCAACAAAGCAGACCGCGCGCAAGAGACACCCUCGUCAUCGCAACCGGGAGACCAGGCAGAUGAAACGGAAUCUCAAGGAUACUCGGGAGCGUCUUGAAAAUGCUCGUGGUCGGUGCGAAGCAGCCAAGGAUGAAGUCGCGUCUUGUGAAAAAGAGAUUACCAACUUUUCCCGGGGAAUGAAUGGCCGACGUGGUCUAGCAGCGGUUCAAGCCGAGAAGGGAUCCCGGGAUGGGAAGCCUGGGGAUGUCUAG